GUCUUUGCCUGGUUCUCUCAAACACGCUUUUCGAGAGCAAAUGUACAACUUACUCUCUUCUUACUUGAAUCUUUAUCUUAAUAAAAAAAAUGAAAAGCUGGAUAAGAUAUGACGUAAGAUUUAAAAGGGAGGGAUCGGUAAAUUCAAGGGGAGCUACGGAAGAAACACUGGAUAUUUCCCGGUACACACAUCUUCUCGUGGACCCCAUCCCCCACAACAAUGAACGUAUGCCACCAUUCAAAUCCUUCCUAUCCUUUCCUUCAUCACGCCUCCUAUUUCCUUUCUCUUCCUCUCUUUUUGUCCCACUUUUCCCUCUCUUUUCUCUCGCCAAUUCUGCGUCACCUGAAAUUUCAAUUUACUGCCAACAAACAGAAGAAAAAUAUAAUCAAGAAAAGUUGAAAUCUGGUAAUCUGAUCAGACGGUUGAAGGCGGGAGAAUGAGCACGAAGAAGAAGAAGACGGCGCAGGUUCAGACGACGAGGACGCGUGUAGGGAAGUACGAACUUGGAAGAACCUUAGGUGAAGGAAGUUUUGCAAAGGUAAAGUUCGCUAAGAAUGUUGAGACCGGCGAAUGUGUGGCCAUUAAAAUCCUGGACCGUGACCAAGUUCUUCGUCACCGCAUGGUCGAACAGAUAAAAAGAGAAAUAUCAACUAUGAAGCUUAUCAAGCAUCCCAAUGUUAUUAAGAUAUUUGAGGUUAUGGCAAGCAAGACAAAGAUUUAUAUCGUGAUCGAGUUUGUUGAUGGAGGCGAGCUUUUCGACAAAAUUGCCAAGCGCGGAAGACUUAAAGAGGAUGAGGCUAGAAGCUAUUUCCAUCAGCUUAUUAAUGCUGUUGAUUACUGCCAUAGUAGAGGCGUCUACCAUAGAGAUUUGAAGCCUGAGAAUCUUCUUCUGGACUCCUAUGGUAUUCUUAAAAUUUCAGAUUUUGGAUUGAGUGCUUUCUCACAGCAAGUUCGGGAGGAUGGGUUACUUCACACGGCCUGUGGGACUCCAAAUUAUGUUGCUCCAGAGGUGCUCAAAGAUCAAGGUUAUGAUGGUACAGCAUCUGAUAUUUGGUCUUGCGGAGUUAUACUCUUUGUACUUAUGGCUGGUUAUUUGCCUUUCGAUGAGCCAAACCUUAUAGCCUUGUAUAAAAAAAUCUGGAAGGCUGAUUUCGCUUGUCCUUCAUGGUUUUCAUCUGGUGCAAGGAAAUUGAUAAAGCGCAUUCUUGAUCCAAACCCUCUUACUCGUAUAACUAUUCCAGAAAUUUUACAAGAUGAAUGGUUCAAGAAAGGGUACAAGCCACCACAAUUUGAGCAGGAAGAGGAUGUAAAUCUUGAUGACAUAGAUGCUGUUUUUAAUGACUCAAUGGAACACCUUGUAACAGAAAGGAAAGAGAAACCCGUGUCCAUGAAUGCUUUUGAGCUUAUCUCUAGGUCGCAAAGCUUUAGUCUUGACAAUUUGUUUGAGAAGCAGACGGGUCUUGCGAAGCGGGAAACCAGUUUUGCUUCCCAAUGUCCUCCUAAUGAAAUUAUCUCCAAAAUCGAGGAAGCCGCAAAGCCUUUGGGCUUUAAUGUUCACAAGCAAAACUACAAGAUGAAGUUGAAAGGUGACAAAAGUGGGAGAAAGGGCCAACUUUCUGUAGCUACUGAGGUGUUUGAGGUGGCUCCCUCCUUACAUAUGGUGGAGCUUCGGAAAACCGGUGGAGACACGUUGGAGUUUCACAAGUUCUACAAAAAUUUUGCAUCGGGAUUGAAAGAUAUAGUCUGGAAAUCUGAAGAAAUUGCUGAGUAAAGGCUUGGCCAUCAUCCACCACCACCUCCGCAGCUAAGCUUUGCUUGAUACAAAGCGCUUUGUAAUGCCUUUACUAGGAGGAUUAUUGAAGGGUUGCUACCAGGUCGGGUGAAACAUGAGAUGAAUAAAGCUGGUAAUUUCCAUAUGGUGGUCUUGGCAGCACAAAAGCAAGUGAUAGGGAAAAUGUCCCGCUUGAGACGAACAACUUUUUAAUAAAAAAUGGUUUUUUGUUGUCAUACAAAGCGUUCGGUCUUGAUCAAAUAUGUGUGGUCCAAGAAUAUGCCACGUCCUAUAUCCUAUGAAUUAUGAUUAGAUGGAAGAUCUAAAAUUCAGUUGGAAGGAUAGCCAGUGACAAGAUUUGAUGUAGCAUUUUGGCAACUAAUUGUUUUACAAUCAGAUUGGGAAUUUACUGAUUAGAAUAUAAUUCAGAAAAAGGUGGUUGAACCCCCUCGAUAUCCAAUCAUUCAUUGAUUGAAUUAGUUCAUCGUUAGGGGUUUGAUGGAUUUAAUUACGGAUGGGCCUGUGUGUAGCCCGGAAAAUGACUAUUUCCUGACAACCCGUCGUCCUCGCAGACUGCUAGCUGCCACGCAAACUUUGUACUUUUUCACUUUUUGAGUUCAAUCUAGGACAGAGAACCUUAUUACUCAUUCGACGACGUGAAUUAAAACAGGUGUUACUCAUUGCAUU